UAGGGGAGGCCCCUGUUCCCAAAAUACCUUGUUCCUCAGUUUAUUUGUUUGUUAGUGUGUUAGUUUGUACUGUAUUGUAGUGCAGUGCUGGGCUCCUCUGCUUCCUUGCUGGUGAGAUAGAUAGCUUCGGAGGGGUCCGCCAUGGGGCUUGCGCGUGCCUACCUCGCCGUCUACAACUGGGUAUUGUUCGCUGGAUGGUCGCAGAUUCUGUACUCUGCAGUCUUUGCGUUGUACACACGAGGCCCUCCUGCCGUGUACGAAGCUGUGGAGAAGCCUCUCCAAAUAUGGCAGACAGCUGCCCUGCUUGAGAUAUUCAACAGUAUUGUAGGGAUCACAAGCUCUCCGGUCACAGCCACGCUGCCACAGAUUUCAUCGCGUGUUUUCAUCACAUGGGGUGUUCUGUUCAGUUUCCCCCAAGUGAGGGAUCACUGGUUGGUGACGUCGUUGAUCCUCAGUUGGGCUGUUACAGAGGUCAUCCGAUACUCAUUCUUCGGUCUGAAAGAGGUGUUCGGAUCACCACCCCGCUUUCUUCUCUGGCUAAGGUACACUACUUUCUACGUCUUAUACCCCACUGGCAUCUGCAGUGAGGCCGGUCUGAUCUUCGUUGCUUUGCCGUUCAUGAAGGAAACCGGUCUUUACUCUCUGCGCAUGCCAAACAAGAUGAACUUUGGCUUCGAUUAUUAUUACGCAUCGAUCUUGGCUAUCCUUGCUUAUAUCCCAGGAAGCCCGGGGAUGUACUCGCAUAUGAUUCGUCAACGAAAGAAGGCUUUGGGUGCAAAGCCGAAGUCUGUAAAAGAGACAUAGGCAUGUAGAAAGAUUCAUGGAAUGCUUCUACUACUGGAUAGCAAUGUUGGUUUAUCUAGCACAGAAUUCCGUGGUAGUUUUUGGAUUACUACCUAUACGAGGUGGUUAUUUAUCAGGAUCAUAAGCAACGCGACUGUGAGUUGCUUGUGUCAGCUGUGUCAGAAUGAUUUACUAAUUGUCAGAAUUUGGUAUAUUUCAAUUGACCACAUUAUUCGCACCAACUGCAAUAAAUGAUUUCUUGCACCCGCA